CACACUUUUAAAGGCGAGUUGGUCGGUGAACUUCCCUUUUUUUUUCUUUUAAUAAAGCUCGAUAAUUUGGAGAAAAAAGAAAAUGCCACCGAAGAAAAUAGCCAACGGUCCUGUUCAGUUGCCAGCAUCCGGUGGAAAAAAAGGACAAAAUCAUUGCGUACUCUGCGCAGUCGUGGCGGAGCGAUUUUGCCAGAGAUGUGGCGACUUCUACUGCUCGAAGGCGUGCCAGACAGCGGACUGGCAGCACCACCGCUAUAUUUGCUUUCCGAUGCCGGCCCUGGUGAUGCCCAGGGCGUUUUCCAUUCUGCAAUGCCAGGAGGAGCUGUCGAUGGACAUGGCUGGUGUAUCCAAGGCGGAAUCCAUUAAAGUGACUGCAGCCCCUAUUGCUGAUAGCACGAGCAGCAGCGACAAGAUUAGCAGCAGCACUAGCACCAUCAUGUGCAGCACCGCACCAACUAUAAGUGGAAUUGCCGCUCAGAUGGCUGCAGCAGACCCUAAAACGAGCAACCCGAGCAGCCCAAGUAGCGUCCUCUCGAACGAAAGUGCCAGCAUUAAAACGAAAAUGAAAAUCACGACUCUGCCGACUGUGGUAAUACCGUCCAGCAAUAGUGUGGUCAUCAUUAGUGGAUUCCGUUCUGCGAAUCGCUGCUUUGUCCGCAGCGAAUCCGCUGACCAAGCGUAUUCGCAAGUGUGCGAGAAGGUCAAUGCGUUGGGCAACGAGAUGCCAAAAGUGAAGAAUCUACGACCCCAGGGCUUCGUCUUGGCCCUCCACAAUGGCGUAUUCCAGCGGGCCAAGGUAAUGCAGACACGGCCGGGUAAAACCGCCAAGCUGUUGUUCGUGGAUCAGGGCAUAAUCAAGAUGCGCGAGAUGGAGUCCAUGCGCGAGAUAAGCGACGAAUUGCUCGCACUUCCGAGCUUCUGUUUCCUGGUGCAACUCAAGGACGUUGCGAACUAUACCAUAAGCAACGAUGUGAUGUCCUUUCUCUCACAAUUCGAUGGCGAAAAAUUCGUCAUGCACCACAACUCUGUCUGCAAGAAUUACACAGUUAAUGUUGAGCUUGUGAGUGUGAAAACACAAAAGUCCCUGAAUGAAACGGUUCGGGAAUUUUACUCCACAAAUAAGGUUCAUCUAUUUGGCAAGAAUGCAAGCCCAAAGGUUGAGAAUUCGGAAAGUGGUGUCUCAGAUGUGGAGAAGCCUCGAGAGGAAAGUCCGAAUGUGGCGGGAAAGGUUGAAGAACCAUUGAAGCAUCCAGCGACAAAGAGCGAACCGAUUAUAGAUCUGAAGCUAACUGAGGUAUCUGACGAGCCUGCAAAGAUAGAGCCAAAAUCGGUUGAAGAGUUCGUAUCUGAAAUAAGUGCAUCAGCUCCAACAGCAGCCACAACAAACAUUGAUGUACUUCCGAAAGCGGCAACAGCAGAUGCCCUCAAAGUCAUUGAGGUGCCACUCCCAGUCCCUAAAGUCAAUGGAGCUGAUGCGUCCAACAAUGGUCCGAUUCUGGAACCACCAUUUGAGAUGAGGCGCUUAAGUGUCAAUGACAAGGAGGGCAUCGAUUUAUACAUUGUGGAUAGUUUAAAAAUGUCUCGUGGCAUUAUUGGGGCCUUUGACCGUGUCUUUGCCAGUGAAUUUGGAUGUUUGAAUACAACCAUAUCAAAGAUAAGACCAUCGAAGCCGUAUAAGCCAGUUCUGAAGGAAUAUGUUUUGGCCAAAUUUGAGAACAGCUUGUAUCGUGCGAAGGUGGAACAGAUCAGGCAGCUGCCACAGACACAGCAGACAGUGUACCGCAUGACAUACUUGGACUACACGAACAUCGAAGAAGUGGCCGAGGAAGAUAUAUACCGAUAUCCCCUGGCUAUUGCUCUUCCUUGCCUUACCAGCAUUUGCAUGAUUGAAGAUUUCCCGCAUAAACCGAAUGCCGAGCAGAUUGCAUACUUGUCUGAGGUCCUAAAAGUGCACGAAAUUAUUCACGUCGAUGCCGUUUCAUACAUGAAGAAUGUGGCUUGGAUCAAGUGCAAUGAAUUGAUCAAAAAGCUUGAGACAAUGUAGGGGAUUACCCUGCAAUUUCAAUUGCCAAAUUUCUCAGACUAAUACACAUAUUCAGAAUCAUUUUAAAAAACAUUUAUGUAUAAAUAAAAUUGCAUUAAAUAACAACAUUAAAAGCUGUUAAUACAUUCA